CAUCCACCCUUACAAACUUCCAAAGAAAGUUCACAUGCUUUGUUUGUUUGUGAAUUCUGAAUAGCUAGUAACUGCUGCAGAGUGCAUACAAUAAGUCUGCGCUGUUGCCAUGACUACUACUACUACUACAGUUUUCCUCUUGGUGAUUUCAUGCUGCUUCUUGUGGUUGUGUUUACCAUUUCCUUUGGAUGUUGAGGCUUCAUCAGCAGCAAAAGUGGCUAAUUCCCAGAUCACUGUCAUGGGUUUGGUUUACUGUGAUAUUUGCUCCAAUAAUUCCUUCUCCAGGCACAGCUACUUCAUGCCAGGUGUAGAAGUUAAGAUAGACUGCACCUUCAAAGCAAUGUCAGCAAGGACAGCAGAGCUGGUAUCAGUGUCCGUCAACAGAACUACCAACAGAUAUGGUGUUUACAGGUUGGAGAUACCAUCUGUGGAUGGAAUAGAGUGUGCCGCAGAGAAAGCAAUUGGCAAUUCCUGCAGAGCUAGCCUUAUUGGAACUUCAUCUUCUUCCUGUAAUGUACCUGGCUCUACAAGAACCACUACUGAUGAGAUUACCAUCAAAUCGAAACAAGCAAAUAUGUGCAUCUACAGUCUCACUGCUUUGAAUUUCAAACCUUCUAAGAGAAAUGUUGCUCUUUGUGGGAAUUAGAAGCCCCAACAACAGAGUUUCAACAUAUAUGUCUUCUCCUUGUCUUUCACUUUCCAAUUUCCCGUUUAUAGGGAAUAAUAUGUAUAAUUCAUUUGUCUCCCUUAUAUUUCCAUUAAUCAUGUGCCUCGUCCUCAAUUUCUGGUAAUCAAAUUCUUGCAUCACACUAUGCAUGUGAAUACAAGGAAAUGUAUUAAACACAGGCAUUAAGUAUUGCUGUUGUUAGCUGGUUAAUCAAUCUGUUUUCUCUUUUAUGUACAAGAAAGAGAAAGAAGGUUA